AUGAACAGAAUUACAAAGUUAAAUAGACUUUUCAAUAGUACUUUAAAUACUAUUGGUAGAAACAAUGGAAGUAGACAACAACCAAUAUCGUCACUGAGUUUCAACAACAGUCAAUCAUCAUACACAUCAUUAUUCAACAACAGAUCGACAAUCAUUGCAUUUAGAGCACCUCAAAAUAGAUAUUCAACUUCAAAUUCAAAAGAAGAGGCAAAUGUUACAAAUGAAGAUCUUAAAGAGUUAUUUAGAAAAGAUGAUAAUGUAGAUUUAUCUUCAAAUACCAAUAGAUUAUUUAUACAGACAGAGAAUACACCCAAUCCCGACAGUUUAAAGUUUGUGCCUGGAAUUGAAGUGAUGCCACCAGGUAAAACUAUCGAUUUUCCAGAUUUCAAAUCCUCACAAAUAUCUCCACUCGCCAAUGCAAUCUUCAAAUUGGAUGGUGUAAAUCGUGUAUUCUACGGACCAGAUUUCAUCUCUGUAAAUAAGUUUCCCGAACAUGAAUGGGCUAUUUUGAAACCACAGGUGUUUGGAGCAAUCAUUGAUUUCUAUCAUAGCGAUAAACCAUUGCUGUCAGAGACACCAACCAAUGAGAAUAGCGAUACAUUGAUUUUGCCGGAGGACGACGAAACCGUUGCAAUGAUCAAGGAACUCAUUGAGACACGUGUUAGACCGACUCUGUUGGACGACGGUGGAAACAUCCAGUACUUGGGAUUCAAAGAUGGCAUUGUGUUGGUGAAGCUGCAAGGUACAUGCUCUUCGUGUUCAAGCUCACAAGCCACUCUCAAAGGUGGUAUCGAGAGAAUGUUGAUGCACUGGAUUAGCGAAGUUCGUGGUAUCAUGGCGGUCACUGACGACGAACUCGAUAAUCUCAAUUUGGAAUUCUUUAAAAAAGUUGAUCAAGAGUUGGAGCAAAAACAACAAAAAUAA